AUGUUGGGUUUGAGUACACACGAACCAUACUUCUAUGUGAUAAGAGAAACAAUUAUGGCUAAUGAUGAUAAACAAUGUUCCAUUUGUUAAUAAAAAGGUCAUUUCUUUACCGAUUGUAAAAAGAGAGAGAAGUAAUAUAAUUAGAUUCAAUAACAGCAAAAGAAUAAAUUAAUUUAAGUUGAUUUUCAAAUAUUGCAACUUAAUAUUGUUAGGGAAUUCUUAUAUUUUGAGACUCGAGAUUUACAAGCUUCACUGAAAGGGUAAUAUGAUUUAGAAAGGAUCAUUGAUGAUUUUUCGGAAAUGAUUUUCUACCUCAUAUUCCUUGCUUGA